UAUCAUAAAAAACCUUUGAGACUGAAAAUGAAUACCAAAUUAAACUCUUUUCUGUUUUUGCAUCCUCUCGUCAUCAUGAUUCUAUCUCUGCAAUAUUCUUAUGCACAUAUGAAUAACACAAUCUCUGCUGUUUUUGUCUUUGGAGACUCCACUGUCGACCCUGGAAACAACAACUACCUUCCCACCAUCGCCAGAGGGAACUUCCCACCUUACGGCAGAGAUUUCGACAACCAUAUGGCUACCGGAAGGUUCAGCAAUGGCCGACUUGUUACUGAUUUUGUCGCUGAAUUUGUGGGGGUAAAAAAGAAUUUGCCACCUUAUCUGGAUCCAAGUUUAACCAUUGAAGACCUCAUGUCUGGUGUUAGCUUUGCUUCUGCUGGUGCUGGUUUCGAUGAUCUUACCUCCCAAAUUAGUAGUGCACUUACGCAAUCGCAACAACUGGACUUGUUCAAGGAAUAUAAAGCGAAACUAGAGGUGGCAAUAGGCAAGGAAAGAACAGAAGAUUUGGUCGGAAGGGCGGGCUACCUUGUUAGCUCGGGUACAAAUGAUUUCACUUUUAACUACUACGGACCUCUGCGUAUUCGACAAUCAUCUUACCCUACGAUAUCCGAGUAUCAGAAGUAUCAGUGGCAGCUCAUCGAACAAUUCUUGCAGGAGUUGAUGGAUUUGGGUGCAAAGAAGAUAGGGGUUGUGGGUAUACCCCCAAUGGGAUGCUUGCCCGCGAUCAUAACCCUAAACGCAAAGAAACCCAUCACUGGUCGCAAAUGUAUCGAAAGUUAUAAUUCUCUUUCAAGAAACGUCAAUGGAAUGCUGCAAAAUAAUCUUAAAAGCCUUCAAAGACCCGGCACCAAGAUCAUGUAUGCAGAUAUAUACAACCCUAUCAUCGAUAUGGUUCAACAAAAGGCUAAAUAUGGUUUCGAACAAGUUCACAAGGGUUGUUGUGGAACUGGUUUAAUCGAAGCUGAUUUUGGGUGCAAUCCGAGUUCUCCGUUGUGUGAUGAUGUCUUAAAGUACGUAUUUUGGGAUGCAUUUCAUCCUACCGAAAAGGGUUACCAUAUUAUCUUCAAUUCCGUCAAAUCCGUUAUUCAGAUGUACUUGGAAUGAGUCUUGUAUCAUGAAUGUUGUAUCUUUUUCGGUAUUCUUGUUCGUUGACAAUAAUUAAUGUAACUCUUGACCGGUUAAUUCAA